AUGGAAGAAUUUAUCACUGCGAUACAUGACAAGGUUGUCAGCACCAGGAAUUAUCGCAAACACGUGUUGAAUCAAGAUGUUGUUGACCGGUGUCGAUUAUGUGGAGAUACCAACGAAUCUAUCAAGCACAUUACUGAUGGCUGUCGCAUAAUGUCUCAGAGAGAAUAUACAUCAAAUCCAAAUAUGGUAGAAAGGAGGGAAGGAGCGUGCGUGGCAGGAGGAGACGUCGAGCUGACACGAAGAGAAAGCCCUGACAAGAGAAGAUCUGACAGGAGAAUCAGGCUUUCCGGAGAAUAUAAAGGUCCAGAACGAAGGAAAGCAGGGACAGAGUCGCUAUCAGACUCUGCACCGUCGAUUGGAACGAUUCAUAUGUGGUUUACCGAGUUUCGUUGUGGCCGUACGAGCACAGUUGAUGCUGAACGAUCUGGGCGCCCAAAACUGGUCACUACACCAGAAAUUGUCGAAAAAAUCCAUGAUAUGAUGUUGAAUGAUCCCAAAGUGAAAUUAAGAGAGGUAGCUAAUGCUGUAGGCAUAUCAUUGGAACGUGUGGGCAAUAUCGUGCAUUUAGUUUUGGGCAUGAAGAAGCUCUGCGCGCGAUGGGUACCGCGUUUGCUCACAGUGGACCAAAAACGAAUUCCAAAAUUGCAUGAAAUCGGCUUCGAAUUGAUUCCUGAGCCACCGUAUUCACCAGAUUUGGCGCCCAGCGACUAUUACUUGUUCCUUCACCUGAAGAGAUGGCUCACCGGUAAGUGUUUUCACUCAAAUGAGGAGCUCAUAGCUGAACCUGAGGCGUAUUUUGGAGACCUUCCGAUCGAGUACUUUUCGGACGAUAUCAAAAAGUUAGAAAAUCGUUGGACUCGCUGUAUCGACGUAAAAGGAGAGUAUGUUGAAAAAUAA